AUGGAGGUGACUGGUUUUACUCACAUUGUGCUAGAUAUCCAACCAGUGAAGCAAAAUGAGCAAAAGAAAGAAAAAGGUAUAAGAACUGGAAAGCCAGUUAGCACGGCUACCAACCUGGCUCCUGCAGACCCUAACGGCAAAGCAGACCCCUAUGUGGUGGUGAGCGCUGGCCGGGAACGGCAGGACACCAAGGAACGCUAUAUCCCCAAGCAGCUCAACCCCGUCUUUGGAGAGGUCCUGGAGCUAAGUAUCUCCCUCCCGGCUGAGCCAGAGCUGACCGUGGCCAUAUUCGAUCAUGACCUUGUGGGUUCUGAUGACCUCAUCGGGGAGACCCACAUUGAUCUGGAAAACCGAUUCUACAGUCACCACAGAGCGAACUGUGGGCUGGCCUCGCAGUAUGACGUGUGA